GCCUUGGUUAGUGGCUCAAGCCUUGAAGUCUGUAGAGUUGUUCCCGGAGGGAAGGGGAGGGUGGUGGUAUCGAUCAAUUGAUCGCUCUUCGAAGUGCGUAGGAGGCAGGUGUGGAGCGUUCUUCUUGCCUCCCUCCAUCCUGGGCACCGUCGAGAUGAAGCCGUUGUGGGGACUCGGCCUUUUGUGCCUGCUUCUCCUGGCUGCCUCUGCCCAGGCUGAUGAACUUGAUGUGGAUGGCACUGUCGAAGAUGACUUGGGUAAAAGCAGAGAAGGAUCUCGGACAGAUGAUGAAGUUGUUCAGAGGGAGGAGGAAUCUAUUCAGUUGGAUGGUUUAAAUGCAUCCCAAAUAAAACAAAUUAGGGAAAAAUCAGAAAAGUUUGCAUUCCAGGCUGAAGUAAACAGAAUGAUGAAGCUUAUUAUCAACUCACUUUAUAAAAAUAAAGAGAUUUUCCUUAGGGAAUUGAUUUCAAAUGCAUCUGAUGCCUUAGACAAAAUACGGUUGAUGUCAUUGACUGAUGAAAAUGUUCUUUCUGGUAAUGAGGAACUCACAAUAAAAAUUAAGUGUGAUAAAGAGAAGAAUAUGCUUCAUGUUAUAGACACUGGAAUUGGCAUGACCAAAGAUGAGCUAAUCAAAAAUUUGGGUACCAUUGCCAAAUCUGGUACAAGUGAAUUUCUAAAUAAGAUAACUGAAAUGCAGGAAGAGAACCAGUCAACUUCUGAAUUGAUUGGUCAGUUUGGUGUUGGCUUCUAUUCUGCCUUCCUUGUGGCAGACAAGGUUAUUGUUACCUCAAAGCAUAAUAAUGAGAGUCAACACAUCUGGGAAUCUGACUCAAAUGAGUUCUCUGUAAUUGAAGAUCCUCGGGGUGAUACUUUGGGACGAGGUACUACUAUAACCCUUGUUUUAAAAGAAGAAGCUUCAGACUAUCUUGAACUAGAUACAGUUAAAAACCUGGUCAAGAAGUACUCCCAGUUCAUAAACUUCCCUAUUUUUGUAUGGAGUAGCAAGACUGAGACUGUAGAAGAGCCUCUUGAAGAUGAAGAAAUAAAAGACAAAGAUGAGACAGAUGAUGAAGCUGCUGUGGAGGAGGAGGAGGAGGAGAAAAAACCUAAAACUAAACAGGUUGAGAAAACAGUCUGGGACUGGGAGCUUAUGAAUGACAUAAAACCAAUUUGGCAGAGGCCAUCUAAAGAAGUGGAAGAAGAUGAAUACAAAGCUUUCUACAAAACAUUUUCUAAGGAAACUGAUGAUCCAAUGACUUACAUUCACUUUACUGCUGAAGGAGAAGUGACAUUCAAGUCCAUCUUAUUUGUUCCCAGUACUGCUCCACGUGGCUUAUUUGAUGAAUAUGGAUCCAAAAAAAGUGACUUUAUAAAGCUGUAUGUCCGUAGAGUAUUCAUCACAGAUGACUUCCAUGAUAUGAUGCCCAAAUAUCUUAACUUUGUCAAGGGUGUUGUAGAUUCAGAUGAUCUUCCUUUAAAUGUAUCUCGUGAGACUCUUCAGCAACACAAACUGCUAAAGGUAAUCAGAAAGAAACUUGUCCGGAAGACACUUGAUAUGAUCAAAAAGAUUGCUGAGGAAAAAUACAAUGACACAUUCUGGAAAGAAUUUGGCACAAAUAUCAAACUUGGAGUGAUUGAAGAUCAUUCAAAUCGGACUCGCCUAGCUAAACUUCUUCGUUUCCAGUCUUCUCACAAUGAAAGCAACCUUACUAGUCUAGAUCAGUAUGUAGAAAGAAUGAAAGAGAAGCAAGACAAAAUCUAUUUCAUGGCUGGUUCAAGUAGAAAAGAGGCUGAAUCUUCACCAUUUGUGGAACGGCUUCUGAAGAAGGGUUAUGAAGUAAUAUAUUUGACAGAACCAGUGGAUGAAUAUUGCAUUCAGGCUCUCCCAGAGUUUGAUAACAAAAGGUUUCAAAAUGUUGCUAAAGAAGGAGUGAAGUUUGAUGAAAGUGAAAAGUCAAAGGAAACUCGUGAGGCUUUAGAAAAAGAGUAUGAACCCCUACUAACUUGGAUGAAAGACAAAGCUUUAAAGGAUAAAAUUGAAAAAGCAGUAUUAUCUCAGCGAUUAACCCAGUCGCCAUGUGCUCUUGUAGCUAGUCAAUAUGGAUGGUCUGGCAACAUGGAAAGAAUCAUGAAGGCUCAGGCUUACCAGACUGGGAAAGAUAUCUCUACAAAUUACUAUGCAAGCCAAAAGAAGACAUUUGAAAUUAAUCCUAGACAUCCUCUCAUAAAAGACAUGCUCAGGCGUGUUCAGGAAAAUGAAGAUGAUCAAACAGUUGCAGAUCUUGCUGUGGUUCUAUUUGAAACUGCUACCCUAAGAUCAGGGUAUCUGCUCCCAGAUACAAAAGAAUAUGGAGAUAGGAUAGAAAGAAUGCUUCGCCUGAGUUUGAACAUUGACCCAGAGGAAAAGGUGGAAGAUGAGCCUGAAGAACCAGAAGAAGCUGCUGAAGAGGUAGAACCAGAAGAGGAAGUUGAAGCUGAUGAAGAUACUGAAGACAGUGAAACAGAGAAAAAGGAGUCUACAGAUGUAAAAGAUGAAUUGUAAAAUGCACUCUAAAUAUUAUCCUGUAUUUUGGAUGAAGCAGGAAUGUGAACUGAAUUUGUUUUUUCACUGUAAAAUGUUGGGGGGAGGCUUAGGGUUUUGGGCAGAAGAAUUUUUUUAAGUUGCAUUUUUUAAACAUUCCUCACAAUGUAAAUUUGUACUAUUUAACUGACUGCUUGGUGUAAAAUCUUGUCAUGUGUACAAAAUUAAAAUGUUCACACCAGUUGCUGUAUGGGGCAUUGAAGUGCUUAUUUACUUGCAUUGGAUGUAAACAAAACUUGUACAGACUCAAUUUGCUAGUCACAUUCUUCUGUAACAGAAGAAACAUUGGAAAAGAAAACACUCAGGACAGGAGUUAUUUUCUGAAGGCCACUUUAGAGCUGCUAACUUUCAAUUAUUUAUGUCCUAUUCUACUAAAAUGUCUACCAGAGCCUUGGCCUGUUAAACAGGCUUCUGCUUAAUGGAAUCUUUUUUGUUUUUCAAGCUAGUUUGCUAGAGUUUAAAAGGUCUUUACUUUUUGCAGUAAUACAUCCUAGCUUCCUCUGAACAAAUCUUAAAUGCCUUGGAUUUAGUAAAACAGCAUUAAGCUUUAUCUUGUGAACCAUUGUUACAUACUCCCUUCAUGGUGACAGAAGGCUACAUUUUGCUGGAGGGAAGGGGGCAUUAUUGUUACCCUGCAGUGAAGCUUUAAGGCAAAUUAAGCCAUUCUCAAAAAUUCAACUCAUGUUUCUCAAGCUGGUCAGCAUGUAUUUUUGAACAAGAAGCAUGUAUUGGUUUUUAUAUGCAGUGGAGCUUUUAGCUCAUCUUGCUGAUUGCAUCUAUUAUAUUCUGAGAGCUAGAUGGAUCUGGGUUCUGACAGACCUUUACCAUGAAGAUUGGGUAAUUUUAGGCCAAUUACACUAUCAGCCAAACUUCACAAAUUUGAUGUUUAAAGUGAAAUAAGUGGGAGAAAUAGAAAGUAAUCUUGAAAAAGAAGCAUAAGACAAUGAGGAAAACAGCAACUGUAUGCACAUUUGCAGAAGAGUACUAUUGAAGCUACUGCAUGCCAUAAGGCAUGUUCUAUACCCAUUCUCAUGCUUCCUCAUAAACAAUAACUUAAGUUUUACUUUAUUGUAGUUGGUGUUUCUGUUAUCUUGUUCAAUGCUUUUCUGUGAAUGGAUGGAAGAUAAUCUGAGUUGGCUUAAAAAGAAAUAAAACUUGACAAUUUGAACAGUGUUAAUACAAGGAGUUGCUGAAGUUCUAUCGAGUAAAUGUUUGAAUUUCAUUUCUAAAUUCUGUAGUUUCUGAUUUUAAACUGGUUUGUUUUCCCUGUUUUUAAUACAAACAUAUUUAGACCCAAGUUUAAUACUUGGAGGAUCUUGCUCAGAUGUGAAAUCCAAAUAUUAAUGGACUAAAGAAGAAAUAAUACUAAUUUCUAAGCAAUGGAAACCUAAAGGCCUCAUUCUAGAUUGCAUGUUUAGUGUAUAUCUGUUGCAAAUAACAGCAGGACUACUCCAUAAUACUUUUCUGCAAUUGCAGGUGAGAACACAUGCACUUUCUAGCAGUCAUUCUCAUUAAAUACAGAAAGAUGUAAAAGUGUUGUAUUGAUCACUGUAUGUAGCUAGAAAGUAUGAACUGGGUGGAUUGCCAUAUUUAGUUCAAGAUAUGUUAUAUUCAUAGAAUUGCUAUUAGACAUUGGAGUAAACAUGUAUAUGAAGAAUGUACAAAUGGUGAUCUUUUCAGUUGCCCCGUCAAGGUCCUCCUUACUUACACAGUUCAAGAGACUGCUUGCUGCACAUAUUCAAGGGUAGGUGUAAUUGUCUUCUAAGAAGUUCUAAUAACUACAAUGCAAAUACACAGAAAAUUGAGUCAUACCUUUACAAUAAAAUGCUGUCAAUUAUA